UUACUUUCAAGUCAGAUUUUUAUUUAUUUUUUUAAAACACAUUUAAUUCAGCGUCGGUGGGUAACAAUGAGGAAAGCCUCCAGAAAUGUUGGGAUGUACACACUGACACACAAAUCCAAGCUACACAAGAGGACCCCUCCGCGGUCCCGGCCAGCCAGAACCAUCGUGACCCGCAGCCAGAGCACCUUCAGCGGCUGCUGCUUCCACAAGCUCCCGUCGGAGGUGUUCGACCUGGUCCUGGAUGAACUGUCUGUGCUGGAGAUCAGCGUGUUCAGCAUGGUGUCCAAGGAGAUCACGAGGUACGUUGCGAACUACAUCUCCACCCUGGCCUGGAGGAAUAAAAUGAUCAUUCAGAGCUUUCACCGCUCCACCUGUCUUGAACAGAGAUUCACUGUUGGACGCUACAGAGACCUGGGUUUGUUGUUCAAGAGAUGCACGCUAUUGCUACCAACAAAGGACAGGUUAAAGUUUAUCUUUAGCAAGUUUUCACAGAUUCCCUGCUUCAUGUUGGAGCAGUGUUUAACACCAGACUGCAUCGGCUUCUCAAGCUAUGGAGUCUUCCUCCAGACACUGAUCGCAGGCUGGGAUGAGCUGGAGUGCAACAGAGUCUUCAGCUUCCUGUGUGACCUCACAAAUCUGCUGCAGAAAACUGAGACAGUCAUCACUGGAAAACCAGGGGUGAGGUGGUACCAGGAGCUACAGCUCCGCUUAUUCUGUCGUCAGGUUCUGUUGGACCCGUGGCCUAACCAGCCGGAUUGUCAGUUCUGGCUAACGCAACUCCUGAAGCCUUGGCCAAUGGUCAGCCAGGCACAUUUACUGUUCAUCCUCUAUGGACCUCUGAGGCCUGAGGGCAUUCUUGGUUGGCAGGAUCUGGUGGAGAGGGGGCUUCCUCACAGCGCUCUGUGGGACCUGGCCAGGGCCAUCCUCCUGCUUUUUGGAAAACCAGAAGUCAAAGACUGGACCACCAAUUCGAUGCUGACAAUCUUGGAAGAGAUAAUUGUCAUUCCCCAGCCAUGGCAUGUGGAGAAUGUGGCUCGUCUCUUGGUGCUGUGUGGCAGCAGUCUCUGCUAUACUGUUCUAGCCAGCAAGGCCGUCAACGGACGACUUCUUGAGAUCUCCAGACUCAUCGUGUACAUCAUACUGGUGUGUGAGAAGGACGGGUACCACAUGUCCUGGGCGGUGAAGUUGGUGCAGCAGAUCUGCAAAGUCUUCAGCUCUCCUCCUGAAAGGUUCCGCUUCAUCCAACAACUGGAGAACAUGUUUUCAGAGGUCACCAGGGAGAUUUUUGAGUUUUCUGUUGCAGGAAACCAUCUUGAAGACAGGGACACUUUCCAGACCCUGUGUAUCCUCCUGGACUCCAGUGCUCGCUUCCACACUAAAUUCCUCCACAUGUUCCUCAAAUAGGUGAUAGACGCAGAUUUAAAAGUUAAAAAAGAUGUGGAAGCUAUAGAGGGACCAGCAAUAAUGAAGGGGAAUAACUAAAGAAGUGAUGGACCUUUACAACAAUACUAAGACAGGAGGUGAAGACAGACUUGAACGUUGUUAAACAUUGAGCAUUAUUUGGUUGAGAGUUUGCUGUAUGCUAUAAACAACACUGCAUUUGUUGGUUGAAAACUGAGCUAUUUAAUUACUUUUGCCAAACAGUAUGGUUAUUUAUACAAAUUUUAUAUAUUUCGUUCUUUUAAAAUCUUGUUCUUAAAACAUCUUGCAUGUAAAUUUGUAUUUAAUAUUUAUUUAUUAUUUAUUCACAUUGAACCUCUAUGUAAAUA